AUGUUGAGAUCCGUUAUUGGUAGACGUUCUUUCAGUGCCGGCGCUGUAUGGCGCGCUGCUAAGAAGCAGCACGAUGUUGUGGUUAUCGGUAGUGGUCCCGGUGGGUAUGUGGCAGCUAUCAAGGCUGCUCAGCUUGGGUUCGACACUGCUUGUAUUGAGAAACGUGGUAAACUUGGUGGUACCUGUUUAAACGUUGGUUGUAUUCCUUCCAAGGCUUUGUUAAACAACUCUCACCUAUACCAUCAGAUGAAGAGCGAUUCGAAGAACCGUGGUAUCGAUAUUAAAGGAUCUGUAGAAUUGAACGUCGAACAGUUCCAAAAGGCCAAAGACCUUGUGGUCAAGCAAUUGACCGGUGGUAUCGAAAUGCUUUUCAAGAAGUAUGGUGUCACUUACUACAAGGGUAACGGUUCCUUCGAGGACGAACAUAACAUUAAGGUCUCUCCUGUGGAAGGUUUAGAGGGAUCUGUUAAGGAAGAGAGCAUCUUAGAGGCCAAGAACAUUAUUGUCGCUACUGGUUCCGAAGUGACUCCUUUCCCAGGUAUCAAGAUCGAUGAAGAGAGAAUCGUGUCUUCCACUGGUGCUCUUGCUUUGAAAGAGAUUCCAAAGAGAUUCGCUGUCAUUGGUGGUGGUAUUAUUGGUCUUGAGAUGGGGUCUGUAUACAGCCGUAUCGGGUCCAAGGUUACCGUGAUCGAGUUCCAACCAAAGGUCGGUGCCUCUAUGGACGGUGAAGUUGCUACGGCUACCCAAAAGUUCUUAAAGAAGCAAGGACUUGAAUUCAGAUUGAGCACUAAAGUGGUUUCCGCCGAAAGAGAUGGUGAUGUGGUCAAGAUCGUCAUCGAGAACGCUAAGAACGGCAAACAGGAAACUAUCGAGGCCGAUGCACUAUUGGUGGCUGUCGGUAGAAGACCAUACAUGCAAGGGUUGAACGCUGAAAAGAUCGGUCUAGAGGUUGACAAGAGAGGACGUUUAGUUGUUGAUGAAGAACUAAGCACCAAGCACCCUCACAUUAAAGUCAUUGGUGAUGUUACCUUUGGUCCUAUGUUGGCCCACAAGGCUGAAGAAGAAGGUAUUGCUGCCGUUGAAUACUUCAAGCUCGGUCAUGGUCACGUCAAUUACAACAACAUCCCAAGUGUUAUGUACUCGCACCCUGAAGUCGCCUGGGUCGGUAAGACCGAAGAGCAGUUGAAGGAAGCAGGUAUCCAAUACAAGGUCGGUAAAUACCCCUUCAUUGCCAACUCAAGAGCCAAGACCAACUUGGAUACCGAAGGUUUCGUCAAGAUCAUAAUCGACGCUGAGACCGAACGUAUUCUAGGUGCUCACAUCAUUGGCCCUAACGCCGGUGAGAUGAUCGCAGAGGCAGGCCUAGCCCUAGAGUACGGUGCUUCCGCCGAGGAUAUCUCCAGAGUCUGUCACGCUCAUCCAACUCUAUCGGAAGCUUUCAAAGAGGCCAACUUGGCCGCUUUCUCGAAGCCCAUCAAUUUCUAA